UAAUUUUCUGAAGUUGCUUGAUGUAUUUUAUUGAUUUUAAAUUGUUUAUAUCAUAUUCGUUUGUUUGUCAUUUGUUGUUUUUACCGUUCCAUAAAAGAAUUCCCCCUGUAUUUAUUUAUCUCUAAAACUCAGUUUCAAAGAAAAACAAGUCACAACAUGUCAACAAAUAUUCAUUUCUCUUCACGUUUUCUCAAGUUUUCUGUAUAUUUUCAUCAAAAGUUUCACAACGCUGAUGAUUAAACAUUAACUUUACACGUAAUAAGAUGCUAACAUUUGAAUCUACAUCAUGGAAUUGAGAUUAAAAGAAGUUACACAUCGUCUACAAGAAACAGAAAAAUCUUUAGCAAAUAUUUAUUUAAUGGAGCAACAAGACUUAAAAGAAAAAGUAUUCGGUGUUGAUAAUUUAUCUCAGGAUUUUUGGUAUAAAAAUUCUUUGGACCAGAUUAGAUGGAAUGACAGCAACAGUAAUGUUUCAGAACAAAGUACACCAACUGACUCUCUUGGAAUGGCCUUUAAAAACGAUGACAUGGUUGCAAGCACACCAAAAAAACAUAAUAAAAAAUCAAAUGAACCAAUCAAGAAUAAAUACCAAGAAAAACUGGAUCUGUUACAAACUGAAUUGAAGAUACAAGACCAGAGUUUGAGAGAAGCUGAAGAACGAUAUGAAAAGGCCCAGAAAAAUGCAGCAGAUGCUAAUUCAGAAAAAGAGAACUUGCAGAAAACUAUACACAACUUGAAAGAUGAAAUAAAUCAAAUAAAACAACGGAAUUUAAUUGAAAAAGAAGAUACAAGGAAACAUUUUGAAAGCUACAAGAGAAAUAUAGAAGAGAAGUGUCAUUUGCUGGAAAGCAAAAUAUUAAAUUUGAAUAAAGAAAGAGAUAAUUUGCUACAAAAUAUACAUGAACUGGAAUCAAACCUGAAGAAAUAUGAGAAUCAGAUAAGGAAAAUUCACGAUAAAAAUGAACAAGAAAUACAAGAAAAACAUUCUCUGAUAGAUGAGAAUGCUUUGUUGAAGAGAGAACUAAAAUCAGCUAAAUUUACAGCUUCAGUGAUUGAAUCAACGAGUUCAGAAUUAGAGAAUAUGCGCCAGGAAAAUUGUCAUCUUCAAUACAGGAUACAGUUAAAGACACAGCAAGUUAAAGAUAAUGUAGCUGAGAAGGAAUCUAUAAAGGAAAUCUUGCGAGAGUUUGUAUGUCUUAUCAAAGAUGGAUCCUCAUCGAAUAGUGAAUCAAACCCUCCUCAACAUGUAACCAAACCUGAACAAAAUGAUAGUGGUAUUUUGAGUUGGAGACCAGAUUGCCAACAACCUCCAUCUAAAGUCGUUUCUGAAUUUGAAGCUUUACUACAGAUUUCAGUUCCAACUGCAUGUAGCUCUUUACUCACAGAUAUACAAAACAAAUUUGCAGAUAAAGAAGCUAAAAUACAACAAUUGCAAGCCUUUAACCAAUCAUUAGCAGCUUCAAAAGAAGAAUGGUUGAAAGUAGAGAAUCAAGAAGCUGAUAAUUAUAAAAGGAAAAUAACAGAACUGAGUGAAAGUAAUAAUUACUUAUCCAAACAACUGGAUGAACUGAAAGAAAACUUUCAGAGUGUCAAAUACCAGCUUGCUGAGAGUGAAGCUAAAGCUGAGAAUUUAGAUUUCUGCAUCAGUCAACGGAAUACACAGCUUGUAGAGCUUCAGGAAGAAUUGAAUAACAAAGAAAACAACAUUUGCCAACUUGAGAAAAAGUUACGUGAAAAAUCACAUGAAAUAGUUACUCUUGAUGCACAGCUAAGUGAAAGGAUGAGAGAUUUUAAUGAACAGUUCAAUAAGUACCAACAGUUUGAAGAUGAGCUGAGAUCAUGUGAAGCUAAACUUGAUCAAACACAGGCAGAAUGUUCUAACUACAGGCAAGAAAUGGAAGAUAUUAAAAAAGAAAAAGAAAAGGAUUUGCAGUUAUAUCUAAAGCAAUUUAAAGAAAAAGACAAAUUGAUUGAGUCACUUCAGAGAAAAUCAGAUGAACAACAAGUAGUUAUGGAAGAUCUUCUGAAACAAGUAGACAUUCUGUCUGGGGAAUUAUUCACCAAGUCAGAAAGUUUCAAAGAUCUGCAGUAUCAAGAACAAGAAACAUCACAGAAAUUAAUACAAAAGAAUGAAGAAUUAGAAAAUAUGCAGAAACAACUUGAUUGUCAGAGUUCUGAGAGUAAAAAUUGUAUAAAUCAAAUGGAAAAAACAAUUGAAAGUUUUAAGGCGCAGAUGAGUUGUUACAUUAAAGAUGCACAGAAAAAUAACAGUCAAUAUCUUGCAGAACUUGCCUUGAAAAAUUCAAAGGAGCAGUCUCUAGUCAACCAAAUCAAACAGCUUGAACAGUCAUUAAAAGAAAAAGAACAACAAUGUAAUAAUCUGCAGCAGACACAUGAAGAGAAUCAGUCAAUGCUAGACAAAAGUUAUGAACUUAUUUCGCAGCUAAAAAAAUCUCAAGUUUCUACACUUAAAGAAAUAUCUAGACAUGAAAAACACAUUGUCAUUGAACGCAGUAAAAGAAUGGAACUGGAACUGAUAUUGAAGAACAAGUGUGACCAGCUCCAGAAGCUUACUAGAGAAAGCAAUACAGAUAUUAAGAAGCUUCAAGAUACUGUUCGAGAUCUUCAGCAAGCCAAAGACAACUUGACUGAGCACAGUUGUAAUAUUACUUCACAACUGCAGAAGGAACUGCAAGUUGGAGAGAAUAGAAAUACUCAUUUGAACACUCUACAGGAACAGUAUAACAAAAAGAAUGAAGAGUUACAACAACUUAUCAAUUCAGUUGAUAAAAUGAAAGAACAGAUAAAAUUUCAAGAGGAACAAAUAGCUUUAACAACCAAAGAAAACAAUAAUCUUCAUCAAGUUGUUGCUGCCCUUCAGGCAAAAGUUAGCAAUCAGAACUUUGAAAAACAAGAAAGCAAAAGAAAUAUAGAAAAUUUAGAAUACAAUUUAAAAGCGAAAGAGGAACUUCUGGAAGACACAAGAGAUGCUAUAAAGAAACUCCAAACAGAAUUAAAUUUGAAAAAAGAAGAGAAUGAUGAUUUACAAAGUACUAUAAGAGAACAGCAUCUACAGCUAGAGGAACGUGCUCAAAAGGUAGCAGAAUUAGUAAAAUCUAUGUCUGAUUACCGGAUAGAAAUGGAGAAUCGUGUCAAAGAUGGCAAGAACCUUCUUGAUCAAGAACAGAUUGAUAUCAAAAAUAAGAUGAAGCAGAUUGUUCAGUACAGAGAACAAUACCAGAAAACUGUAGAGGGGUUGCAAAAUACGACUUUGCUUCUUGAAGCCAAAUCUCAGACAUGUCAUAAAAUCGAAUUAGAAUUAGCAUCAAAAAAUGCCCUCAUUGAAAAUUCAGCAAAGACAAUUCAAAACCAAACUUUAAAAGAAAAAGAACUAGUUGAGUACAAAGCAGAGAUCACUCAAGAACUAAGGUUAGCAAGAGAACAACUUCAGAAUCAAACUGCUGACUUUAUGCUAGUGCGGAGCCAGCAAACUAAACUACGCCAUGAAAAUGACAAAUUACUACAGAAAAUUGAAACACUUACUGCUACAUUAAAUACAAAACAAACAGAAAUCUCUAAGUUGACUGAAAAUGUAAGUAUUUUACGUCUUGAGAAAAUUAAAUCUGAAUCAAAGAUGUCCACUGAAAUAAAACAGCUUCAACAAGAAAUUAAAAUGGAACAACAAACCCAUUCUAUGGAGUUAGAACGUCUGAAGGAGACUAACUUACUAUUGCAAAAAAACAAAGAAGAUGUUUCCACGAAGUUGAAUGAAUCUAAUAAAAAGCAUCUGAAGGCUGUCACUCAACAUGAGAAAGAUUUGAAUUCUCUCAAAGCAUCUUUACAUCUUCUUGAAGAUGAAGUGAAAGUCCAGAAGGAAGCUGUAAUAUCAGGAAAUGAGACUAUAGUUUUAAAGGAUAUUGAAAUUUCUAAAUUGAAAUCAGACUUAACAAAUAUGGAAAAAAUUCUUUUGAGUUUAAAAUUUUUACAAUUUGGACAAAAUAAGGUUCCUCAGUUUCAAAAUCAGGAAACACAUGACAGUAACAAAUAUCAAGCUGAGAAUGAAUCUUCAUUGACAUCUGAAAGCCACAAGGAAAUUAUUGCUAUUCUAGAAAAUGCUGAAACCAGUGUUGACAAUGAACCAAAAUUUUAUCCUGGCUUUUCAACAGUAUCCAAUGAUGUUGAGAAAAAUACAGAAGCUAAAUCAUCAGAUGUUCAGCAUACUGAAACCAACGAGGAGAGAGAUAUCGACAGACAAAAAUACAUAGGCUUGCUGCAGCAAAGAAUAAACACUAAUAAGUUGUUACAACAACAAGUGGACAAGCAGCUGCAAGAUAUGCAGCAAAAGUCAGCAACAAGGAAAGUUAAGACACAAACCUGAAGCAUAAUCUUUCUAAAAUGAAUCAGUGUUUUUUUUCUAACAUUUUCCACAAGAAAAUCCAAGAGAAACUUUGAAAGCAGCUGAGAUAUAAAGUCAGAAGGGAUAAUUUACAAGAUUUGUGUUAUCUAUUGGCUGUUCUGUCAUGGUCUCAGGAUGCAGACCUAAAUGCAGCCUAACUCUCUAAGCACUUUCACUCCGUCCUCUACUAAAUGUGUAAAAAAAUAACAUCUAAAACAACCUGGUAGUUGUUGAAGUGUAAAUAAGAGCCAAAUAUGUCGGAAAUGUAUAAUUAAAUAUCACUAACAGUGUAUCAAGUAUAUUAUCAAAAUGGUAGUUUUCUUUUUGAUUAACUUCAAUUUAUGUCUGAGAUUAUCCUGGAUUCCUUCUUUCUCACUUUUGUCUAUUGUAACUGAGUGAAGCAUUUCAUACAUGCUUUCAAAUCUACAUUUUACCAAUUAUAGUAAAACUAUAAGUUCAAUCCAAGGUGUAACAGUCAUGAGCUGUUGCAAUUACUAUGUGCACCUGUCUCCCAGUGUUAAAGGCUGUCUAGGUUGGUCAUACCUCACCAGAGACAAGAGUUUGUAUAAUCACAAUUGAACAUAUUUUGAUAAAUUACUCUAAUUUAUCAACUAAUGAUUUAUACAGUGAACCUAUUCAAACCCUACAAACAUGGAUAAACAGAUCGUAAUGAUUAUAUAUGUUUAUAUAUAAAUACAUAGAUAUUUUUGAAAGGCUGUUUGUUACGGCCAGUUAGAGAGUGACCAUUUGUUUCACAUCUAUAAAGCACUUAGCUGUAUAGGAGAUGUGUCAGACUUAAAUGAUCAGAGGCAAAUAACCUCUUACAACUGGAAGAUGGAAAACAUCAUCAUUUGGUAAUUUUGUAAACAAAAAAUUCCCAGAUGUUUCCUCCUUUCAGCUGUAGUGAGGUUAUAUGUUUCUAGCCAUUUGAGUCUGACAAGUUGCCUAUCAUGCUAAGUGCUGUAUAGGCGCAAAACCACUGGUCACUCUUUGGCAGGCCAUAACAAAAACCUUCUAAAUAUACUACCGCUCUGUUUUAGAGUGUGCUUCUUUUUCGGAUAUAUGAAUUACUGACACACACACACACACAUAUAUAUUUAAGAUCCAGGGAUUGAGAUGUAGGAAGAAAGUUAGCUUCAAGCAAUCCAUAGUAAAUAUAAAAAAACAACUUUCAGAGACAAUAAUUGUUUAUUGAGAUGGUUGUGGGUUUUUUUCCAUAUCGAACAUGACAAACUGAAAAUAAUUCUUUUUAUAUUUCACAAUGCGAAUAAGAAUACAAGAGUUAAGGAAUGGAGUAGAUAAGAUCCAGGCUACAUAUGUAUCAUAGUGAGCGGAGCCUCAGAAGUGGUAAAUAUCCAAGUGAGAUUUAUACUGCAGGCUACUCUUCAGGCCAAGGAUUCUGAUUGAAUCUUCCAUGUGUUAACAUGCGACAAUGUAAACUUUCAUUUAAUCACAAUAUCCUUGGCCUGAAGAGUAUACACCUCGCUUGGUGUAUAUUUACCACUUCUGAGGUUCUGCCCGCUAUGAAACAUAUGUUGCCCAGAUCUUAUCUACUCCAUUCUUUAAUUAUUGCAUGUAUAUAUAUAUAUAUAUAUACAUAUAUAUUAGUAAAAACCACAACAUCUGUAGCCAAAUAUAAGGGGUUGUUUUAUUCAGUUAAUAACUGGAGGAUUGAGAAAAAAAAAGGCUUAAUUUUGAUACUAAACACCAUAAAUAUUCCUAACAAACACUCACUACCAGAAAAAAAAUAAUUUCAGUCAGCAAUAGUAUGAUAAAUGUAAUAAAGACUUUAUUUAUAUAUUAAAGAAAAUCAACACAACUCUGAAAAAUAUUUAACAUUUACUUUAUUAUUUCUAAUAGAGAAAUCCAACAACAUUUUUUAAAUUUAAUUUUUUUUUCUUUAAAUAAAUGUGAACAGUAAUAUAAAUUAACAAAUUUAGCCACAAUUUCUUUUUAUCUUGUUUGCAAGUGAUUAACACUUCUAUGUGAACACGAUAUCAAUAUAAGCAUGUUUCAAUAAAAUAUAAUAACCAAAUUAACGACAAUACAAUUAAUAUACACAUAUAUCACAAUGUACUAUAUACAAACAAAAUUGAAGCAUAAAUUACAGUUAGAUAAAUGUUAGGCAUCCAUCAUGAGAUUUUAGAUGAAGAGGAAAAAAAAUAGCCUUCUAAAUUGAUAUUUUAGUUGUAGAAGCAUAUAAGAGUAUUUAAAAAUAUUUGAUGGUUCAGCUAUUAACAGUUGAAUCGUUAAAAUCUUCCAACAUUUAAAUAGAAGAGAAAUUGAUUACUUCACAACAGUAAAUGGUAAAUGUUAAUAUGGCAAAUACUUAAUUGAAAUAAAGUAAGCUGUAAACAGUUGAAUAUGCUAGAUUGUUCAACCAAUGAUGAAGACUAAGUGAAAGCUUACAAGGGAUUUUAUAGUAAAUAUUUCAAAUAGCUCUCAGUUUGGAGUUGUAAAAUGUACUGACUCCAUAAAAAAGUUUAUUCCUUAGCUAAAAGAGAAAUAUCUUUUUGAAAGAAUUGAGAGAAAACUAAAGAUUCAGAUAAAGAUUUUCAAUUUUAGAAAAAAGAUUUUAGAUUAUGUUUCAAGUUUGAAAUUAGUGCAUGCUAUACUAUUCAUUAGUGUUUUCAGAGCAAACAUUACAACAUUUAAAUCUUAAAAAUCUUAUUAAAGUGCCAAAUUUGCUGUAAAUAUUAAAUUGAAAUGCUUCUCAUCAUUUUAAUAUGAGGCAUUUACAAUUAAAAAAACUGUAAAAAAAAAAAA